AUGUAUGGAGUGCGGAAGCCUAGUACGCCCGCUCCGACUCACUUCUCCUCCUUUCUCCUCCUUUUCACGACUCACACUUCAUCGAGCCAACCACCCUCUGUCGAGCCAAUUCUGUGUCCGCCUGCUUCCAUCGUCAACCGCUCUCACGUAGCUCUCCCCCGCCGUCGCUUUGACCGCCACGCAGUCCGCGACGACGCAACGAGCCCUGUUGCCAAUCCGCUGCCGACGCCUUCAGCUUCACCACCACCUCCAGCUUCACCUCCACCUCCAGCUUCACCUCCACCUCCAGCUUCACCUCCACCUCCACCUCCACCUCCAUCAGUACGUUCCUACUUCCUCCCAGUGAGCCGUGCGCAAUCGCCGCUGACGCUUGGCGUAGUGUCAUACGCCGACAUCGCUGCCAGCGGUCCGAAACAGACGCCGGCCGAGGUAAGUUCGCCUCGAUCGAAGCGCCUCCGUCGUGAGAUCAACAGUUGUGCCGACUCCGUUCGUGGCCCUGUCCUGACGCAUCGCCGUCCCCCGCAGGCUGCCGCGCCCCAACCCCCCGAGAUCGUCAACACAGAGUCGGCGUCGAUGGCGUCGCUCGUCGACGUCGACGUUCCCAGCGUCCACACCGUUCCCUCCGAUUUCCUUGACCAAGACGUCCAGACGGAGACGCAAGCCAACCGCCGCGACCGCGAGCACGCCCUGGCCGCCAAGGCCAAGGCCAACGCGGAACGGGCGAAACGGGAGGCCGCUGCCAAGGCCCGCAAGGCCGACUCUUGGCUUACCGCCCAGUUCGCCAGCCUUUCCGACGGCAGCGCCGGCGCUCUCGCCAUCACCAACUUCGCCGCCGUCGUCGGCCUCAGCUCCUACCUCGGCUACAAAGCCUGGGGUUUGUAUGACAAGGGUCGCCUGGACUGGAAGACGGCCGGCAUCGGCCUGAGCAUUCUCGCCACCGUUGGUGCCGUGGAAUCCGUCAUUGGGGGAUACCUGUACAAGGGAAAGAAGAAGGGCUCGUCUUGA